AAUAAGAUAUCAGUAGCUUUACAAAAUCCAUACGCGAUAGAUGAUAUACGCUGCUGCUGAGACGUGUCAAAAUAAAUAUGCGCUAUUAGAGGUUUCGCGCGACGAGGUGUACGGUGAUUUUUGUUGUUGUUUCUGUUGUUGUCGGCUUGCACAACUGUUGCGGGUGGAACGAGGCUGUUGGCUGCUCUCUAGUGUUACGGUCUUUCGUCCAUCCGUUGUUGAGCGCUUUCUUGCGAAUGACUUACCGUCGCAUAUCGGGCGCGCAACAAACCACGUUUGCCGUCGUUCUUGCGUGCACAGUGUCGCGGUGAGCUGGGAGUGAUCGCGCGCGUCUUUCGGACUAAUCGGGCGGCAGAUGGAUUGUAACCGGUUGUUUGGAUCCGGCCUACUGCAAAUUAAGUGUCGUCGGUGAUAAAACAGAUUUUGAGUUUCAAAAUGUUUCAUGAGUGAAGUGUGAUUUGAUUGGCUAAAAUUAUGCCUUGAAUUCAAAGAAACCAACUAAUCUUUGCAUUUCGUGAAGUGAAAAUAUUCGUCCUUGUGGAUUAAAAUACUCAUCACAAAGGUCAGCUCAAAAGCAGCUUGCGAAAUAUCUGAGUAAUUCGCUGAAACAGUGUCAACGAAAGUGAACGGAAAUAUGCCUGUUGUGUUAUACCUCAUGUGUGUACUCGGAAGUGAUAGAUAAAAGUGUUGACGAAAGUUUCCAUAGCCAGAUAUUGGCCAGAGUGAAAUAUCCACCGCCACCAUUGGUUCAAAAUUGCACCCAACACGAACAAUCUGGCGGUGGUUAGACAACCAUCCAUGGCCGUUGGGCCGCCGACGGGAGGAUCAGGAAAUCCUCCGCAAGCACCGAUCCAGCCACACCCGAUUCUAGCACCCAGCCCACUGUUUGCCUUACCGACAUUGAACUUUACGGCGUCGCAGGUUGCGACCGUUUGCGAGACACUGGAGGAAUCCGGAGACAUUGAACGGCUGGCGCGGUUUCUAUGGAGCCUGCCGGUCGCCCACCCGAACAUCUCGGAGCUGGACCGUUCCGAGGCGGUGCUACGGGCGCGGGCGAUAGUUGCAUAUCACACGGGGCAUUUUAGGGAACUGUACACGAUACUAGAGCGGCACAAGUUCACCAAAUCGUCCCAUGGAAAACUGCAGGCUAUGUGGCUUGAGGCGCACUACCACGAGGCAGAAAAACUACGCGGACGACCAUUAGGACCAGUCGAUAAGUACCGUGUCCGGAAAAAAUUUCCGCUCCCGCGGACAAUCUGGGACGGCGAGCAGAAGACCCACUGCUUCAAAGAGCGAACGCGAAGUCUGCUAAGAGAGUGGUACCUCCAGGAUCCGUAUCCGAAUCCGACCAAGAAGCGAGAACUGGCGCAGGCCACCGGUCUCACCCCUACCCAGGUGGGAAAUUGGUUUAAAAAUAGACGCCAGCGGGAUCGAGCUGCGGCGGCCAAAAAUAGACAUAAUCAACCUCCAUUGUCCGGGUCCGGAGCAACCUCACUAACGCCCCGGCGAGGUGACGCGCCGCUAUCACCCACGGACACCGAUUCCGAUUCGGACAUUUCGCUCGGAACGCACUCACCAGUUCCAAGCAUGUCGCUGCAGCACAGUCCCAGUUCGCUGCCCGGUUCCAGCGAGGAUCGACUAACCGACGACCGAGAAAAGGACUUCCGCAGCUUUGCAUCGCUCCAUUCGUUCCGCUUUGGAGACCACCUAGCGGGCGGAUUCCUACCUGGCUCGUUUAACAACAGAUUCAUGCCUUACCGCCUCGGGGACAACUCACCUCCAAUCAAUACUCACUCACCACCGAUAGGCUUGACGCAUCUUCCAAUUACCCCGACAGUCCUUCGACCGCAGCCUCACUUACCUCCAUCGCUCUCCGUGACGGCACCGACGGCAACGACCACGUCGAUGAGUGAGUCGCCCAACAGUAACAGUAGUGCCACCACUAGUUCCAUCAACAACGGUGCCACCGGUGGCCUGGUGAUAGGGGGAAAUAGUGGGGCCGGCGGAGCGCCCUUGAUGGCCCAAAUGUCGCCACUCAGAAUACGGGUCAGCUCGCCGACGCGACUGAACGCGGAUUUGUUGCAGCACAGCGCGCACCAUCAUAGUCUCAUGAACGGAUUGAACGCCAGUGGGAUCGUGCGAAUUGUUCCUAACACAACGACCAGUCUCAUUCAUAGGCCAUUUUCGCCAUCGCCCAAACCGAAGGAGGCGUCGUGAUAAAAUCUGCCACCGCCGACGACGCCGCACUCAAAUCCGAAGCCAUUCGACGCCCGACGCGACUGGCCGUCUCUGAGUAGUUGAUUAAUGUAGUUUAAAAUAUGUAAAGGAGACUGUACUAGUAGGAAGCACAAGUUGAAGCUAAUGCAUAUAUAAAUCUCCUUAAACUUGUUACUAAAGCCAUACAACAGUGAAGCAAAUCGAAUACUUUUAAGUAAGACAUUUUAAUACGGAACGCACUGCUUUGGUAAAUUAGAUUUACUUUAAAACUUUGGCAAAAUCACGUCAUAUUUAUUUGGCGUUCAGGAAUGUGCGCUGCUAUAUAAAGUGGCGCUCCACCCGGCGCCUCUUUCUCCUGUUCAUAUAUAUAGAAGCCAGAACCUAUCGUUUCCAAGGAAGUAUACGUGAACGUGGGUCCUUGGUGUGCUCUGCUGGGCGGAUCAAUAUCACAGACACAUUAAAUACCAACACAAAAUAAAAACGGGACAAAAUAGCAUCACAGCCAGCAGCUGGCCGCGCACAUGCGUAGUAGAACUUGCGAGAAGAAGUUCGCACACAACCAUGAACUAGUCACGGUGUUUCUUUGGCAGUUAUUAUCAAAUGAAUUUUGUACCAUGGGAAAUCACAGCCGAAAUUUAGCAAUGCGAUGCAAGCGACAAUCUAUCGGAUACUGAAAUACACUGCAAAUAUUAAAAUAAGCGGAUUAGCACUUACAGCGCAUUGUCAAAUAACGACACAUGUUGUACCAAUUUUGUAUCAUCAUAAAUAACUAACAUACUGAUAGACAAAUUUCGGGCUCAAUUCUUCCCAGUUUUUUAUUAUCCUGCAUGCAUACUGCUGCGCAUUAGACGAAUCCAAGUACAAAUAAGUAAAAGACACACGGCGCGGUUAACUUCGACAGAUCCCACAGCACAGUAUAGGAAAAUAAUUUUAAAAUGUUUAUAAUAAAAUGUAAUUAGAAUAUGAUUGAUGUACGAUACGGAAGUUCUGAAGUACAUAUGGUCGGGCUUCAGCGAAACUAAUUACGUAAACAAUUUUUCUGGGUUUUUAAACCCCCCUCCUCCCAUGUAAGAUUUUUCGCAUAUCAAUGAUUUUUUUUUAUAUGGAGCGUAAGAAAAUGGCAGACCCCCCUCCUCCCAUAAGUGCUUACGUAAUUAGUGUACGACCCCGAAGCGCCUUUUUGACUGACUUGUGAUAUUUUGUUUGUAGAAUGGAAACGGAAAUGAAUUUACACCCGAUUCUGUUUUUACACGGAUUUUUUUUACACGGCUGUGUAAAAAAAAUCCCAUACAAAAUUUUUGCAAAGUUGCUCCAUUUUGCAUGAUUCGUCGAGAAAUCAUAAAACUUUUUUUACACGGAUUUUCGAAUUUUGAACUGAAAACUUUUUUUACACGGAACGCAUCCCCCGUGUAAAAAAAGAAUCGGGUGUAUAUCAAUUCAUUUGUAAAUGUGUUUUUGGAUAUUUUCAGUUAAAGGAUAGAAAAAUAUUCGAUACGAUUUGUGAUCAAUAGGAUCUGCUACGCAAAAAUUUGGCUGAACCACGGUCAUAUUUGCAAGUUUAUACAUAUUUUUUUUUUUCAAAAAUAUAUCUAUUAAAUAGCUCUGAACUUUUUCCAUAUCGUACAUCAAUCAGAUUUUAAUUAAAUUUUGUCUAGAAUUUAUUAUAAGCAUUUUAAAAUUAUCUUCCUAUGCCGUGCUGUAAGAUGUGUCUAAGUUAAAAUCGUGUAGGCUAGAUGUACCAGUUGUGGCUAUAACACCAGUUGUCGCACUAGUGCUUUAUAUGCCAAAUGGCCAAUCAAAUCACCGGAAACCAAGUGCAUAUCGAUAAAGCAUAUUCAUAUGAUACGAUAACACCUUUGAUUUCCUCCAAAACAAGCAAAGCAUAAUUGUAAAAAAUGAUUUUGCUUAAUUUUUGACGUUCUUUGCACCAGUUGUCGCACUAGUGGUCCCUAUUUGGCCAGUCCCAUAAGAAAACAAUGGGAUUUGCCAAAUAAGGAACCAAAAUUAAGAAUAGUGCCACAACUGGUGCAUGCGUUCCUAUUAUGGAUUAAUCAAUUUUGAGGAUAAUAACAAAUUUUAUUGUGGUUUUCACAGCUGUUCUAAGGAGCAGGAAGUAAAACCUUUCGUUUGAUAUAUAAAGUCCGCCCACAUGCCUUUUACUUAUUUUUUGAAAAAUAGUUGUUCUUAUGUAUGGCGACAAUUGGUACACCCACCCUAUAUCCUUCUCUUUUACUUGGAUACGUCUAUAAUGCGAAAAUAAGAAAUAAAGUAAUUUUAGGCUCAAUCAUCUGUUUAACAAUAUGGAGAAUAUUGGUAAUGCACUGGAACCCAGGAACAGUUACUGUAGCCCUUGUAUUGUUUUACAAAGAUGAAUGCAUUUACGUACGACCCAGCACACGUGCUUAGUAGCUGCCGAACUACCACACGGAAGUGUACUGGAGUGUUGGACUCGGCCAGUGAAGGUAAUGCCGACUUAACUCCCUUGGGCUCCGCCCAUCAUUAUCCCCAGGAACUGCCUCCCAGCAUUACUUCUAGGGUAGCCAUUGUAUGUAAUUAUGCGAGUUAGGCGAUCUGUUCGUAUCCAAUAAUGGAAAAAUAAAUCAACCAGUAUCAAGAGCAAGACCCAUAACGCACAAAUUAGUGUACAAUAGAAAGCAUGACCAAUGAUUUUCUAUACCAUUUCGGAAACUUUUUGCCUUUCUCGUAUACUAAGUAUACGGUAAAGGCUAUAUGAUCGCUCCAAAAACAAACUUUUUUGGUAGGAAAUUGAGUAGACUCCCGGACGUUAACGGUUUAAUUUUCAAACCAACUUAUUUUCGAACUAAUUUUCGACUUAUUAUAAUAAACUAAUAAACAUUCGGAGAAUAAAAGCUGUAUUUUCGUUUAUGUUUACUGUAACGCUUAUACAGUUGUCGACCUGAAAGCUCUCUUUCGCGUUUGUCAUUUUAUAUUCAUGAGAAAUGAAACACUUUGGGCAUAUAAAUACUUUAUUUUUCCGUGGUAAACUUCAUUUGAUAAUUAAUUACUGUAAGAACACCUUGCUAGCGGAAAUCAUUAAUUCCUGAUGAUUCGUCACAUACUUGUGAAGCACAAUUUGUUCGUAUGUAUAGUCAUUAGUGCAAAGAGUAACACCGGACUUUUAUCAAGUCUUAAAAAAUCAAUAAAAGAAAACGUGCAUGAAGAACAUAAUUUAAGCAUAGAGGAAAAUAUUUAAAUGAAUUCUAAUAUAAGAAACGUUGUGUAAAAAAACUCAAAGCAAAUAAAAUUAAUUAUCGUAUUAAAAGCCGCCAAACAAGCGGAAAAUGAGUGCACAUAAAUUGCAGGCAAAUACAAAGAGCAACCUAAAACAAUAUGAAAGUAUAUUUAGCAACACAAAAAGUAAAUAUAUAAAAACGCAAAGAUACAGAAACACACAUACGUAGUGCUAGCAAAAGGCAAAACUAAUUGAUCUGAAGUAGUGCUAAUUACUCCCAAAGCAUCCAAUCAGCCGACGACGUCAAACACCUCGAGCGAGAGAAGAACGCAUCAAACCGUUUCACCUUUUCGAUAUAGUUCAGUUCCACCCAUCAGCAGUCAUCCCACAAACAAAAGACGACCCACUCUUCUCUCGCGCCAACACUCAAACGCUUAAUGAAAUUCUCAACAGAAAUAUGCAACAUAAAAAAACGUGUUUGAAUUUAUUUUACGCGAAUGAGCAAAAGACCGACCCGACAAAAUCCUUGCAAAAGUUGAACCAUUUGCGCGAAAUAAAAUCAUUUCAGGCCUCAUGCACGGUGAAUAGGCAGAAAGCUGCAAUAACAGAGCAAAAAAAAGCGCUAAACCACAUGUGAAUAAACCACGAGUAUUCGUUGCACACAGACCCAACAGUAAGGGGAAAAUCCAUUAUUAAGGCACAUCAGAGUAAAUGCAGCAGGAGCUACUACUGUACAAAGAUAAAAGGGCAACUGUGAGUUAGUUUCUUUUUUUAUUUCGUCCGAGCCCGCUACCUUCUGAUAGAUUGUGAAGCUCAAGCUGUACACAUAUUUAAGUGAUCAUCAUGCCGGAGCGAAAGCAUACAGCACAAACAUCAGCCCGUAUGUAUGGAAAGGAAAACGAACAAAUCUAUUUCUACUUUGUAAAUAAAUUGCUGCAAUCAAAUUAUAUUAAUUACGACGAUAAUAAAUUAAAAUAAUUAAAUUGAA